CUUAAAUGUAAGUAGAGAUUUUCCAUUUCCGACAAGAGAUUGUGUGUGUGUGAGAGAGAAGCAUGUCUAACCCGAAAACAGAGGAGGUUGUAUGCGUCACCGGAGCCAACGGGUUCAUCGGCUCAUGGCUGGUCCGAACCCUGCUGGAGAAACACAACCCACGCUACACCAUCCAUGCCACCACCUUCCCCUCCUCCGACCCCACCCACCUCUUCACCGUCCACCCGGAAGCCCAUUCCCGCAUCACCAUCUUCCCCGCCGACAUCCUCGACUCCGCCGCCGUCUCCCGCGCCAUCCACAACUGCUCCGGCGUCUUCCACGUGGCCUCCCCCUGCACGCUCGACGACCCGGAAGAUCCUCACAAGGACCUGAUCCAGCCCGCUGUACAGGGAACACUCAACGUCCUCGAAGCUGCCAAGCGCGCCGGCGUGAGGCGCGUGGUGCUCACCUCCUCGAUUUCGGCAUUGGUCCCGAAUCCCAACUGGCCGGAGGGAAGGGCCGUUGAUGAGUCGUCGUGGACGGAUGUGGAGUUCUGCGAGUCGAGGCGGAAGUGGUACCCGGUGUCGAAGACCGCGGCGGAGAGGGCGGCGUGGGAGUUUAAGGAGAAGCAGGGUGGUGCUGAGGUGGUGGCGAUUCAUCCUGCCACGUGUUUGGGCCCGCUGCUGCAGCCGGAGUUGAAUGCUAGCUCCGCCGUGCUGCAGCGGCUGAUGACGGGGUAUAGGGACACGCAGGAGCAUUACUGGUUGGGUGCGGUGCAUGUUAAGGAUGUUGCUAGAGCUCAGGUCUUGCUUUUUGAGACCCCCACUGCUGCGGGUAGAUAUCUAUGCACCAAUGGUAUCUACCAGUUUUCUAGUUUUGCCAGCAUUGUGUCUGAAUUGUACCCUGAUUUCCCUGUUCACAGAACUACAUGCAGGUUCCCAGAGGAAACUCAACCUGGCCUUACUCCAUGUAAAGAUGCAGCAAAGAGGCUAAUAGACUUGGGCCUCGUCUUCACACCAAUUCAAGAUGCUGUGAGAGAUGCAGUUGAGAGCCUCAUAGCUAAAGGGUUCCUGGAGCUACCACCCACACAGAAAUAGAUGUUAGAUUUCAUUUAGGGUAUGUUUAGUUUCCAUUUCUAGUUUCUGUUAUCAGUUUUAACUAUAAAAAAUGCUACCUUGUUUUCGCUUUAUUUUAUGUUUUCAUAAUUUUGUAUAGGAAAAAAUGACAAUAAUAAUGGAAUUAGGCAAAAAUAAUCUUUGCCUUAUAGUUAUUUCUUUAAUAUAAGGUGGAAGAAAUAAGAAUUAAUAAGUUAAUUGUAUUAAGUUUAGCAACUAAGUGGCUGUAGUUUAGUGGUAAGAAUUCCACGUUGUGGCCGUGGAGACCUGGGCUCGAAUCCCAGCAGCCACAAUUUUGGUUAUUUUUUAUUUUUAUUUUAUUUAUAAGUGCGAUCUAGUAUCUAGAAAAUUA